UGACGCGCCGGCGAUAGCGAAAGCGCACGAAGAGCAUGAAGCUCCUGAAGCUUAUUUGGCCGGUGUUGAAGGUCUAUUUAGUCGGCCUGAAAGUCCUACUCUACCAGAUUUUCAACAAACCUUUCACUUUACCAGGUACUCUGAUUGAAGGUUCAUAAAGUCAUCAGAGAUAAUGGAGAGUAAGGGUACAGAGGGUUCCCCAUCAGACCUCAAUCUGGUCGCUCAUCCUAGAGCCAAAAGCAAGGUUUGGAAGUACUUUGGGUUUGACACUGAUGCUGAUGGAUGCAUACUGCACUGGAAGAAAAUAUACUGCAGAAUAUGUAUGGCCCAAAUAGCAUAUUCAGGGAACACCUCUAACCUUUCAUACCACUUGGAGAAAAACCACCCAGAAGAAUUUUGUGAGUUUGUGAAGAGUAACACAGAACAGAUGAGGGAAGCCUUUGCUACAGCUUACUCCAAAUUAAAAUCUGAGUCCUCACAGCAGUUUUCUCAAGAGACGCUGUCUGUGAAGCAGACUUGUGGAUAUGAAAACAGAAAGCACAGUGACCUGAUUUCUGCAAUCAUCAGCUUCAUCUGUGAAGGCAUGUACCCAGUGUCCAUUGUAGAAGAGCCCUCAUUUAUAUCGCUUUUAAAAACAGCCGACCCGAGGUUUGUGCCCCCCAGUAAAACUGAACUCAUGACAAAGGCGAUUCCUCAAAAAUACUAUCUAGUUCGAGAAAGCAUGUUAAAAGAGCUUGCUGAAGUGAUGUGGUGUGGCAUCUCCACAGACCUGUGGAGAAGCCAAGCCCACAACAGAAUAUACAUCUCCCUUUCUUCACACUAUUUGAAAACCUGUGGGUCUAACAGCCUCACCCUGGCAAUCAGGUGCUUGAAAACGUUCGAAGUGCCAGAGGAUAACGCAGCAGAAAAUAUCACCCGUGCGUUAUAUGAAGCCUUUGUAGAAUGGGGAAUUAACCCGAAAAUCUAUGGUGCAACUACCAAUAGCUUCCCCGAUAUCGUGAAAGCAUGUUCACUUCUCGAUCUGUCUGUACAGAUGCCUUGCUUUGGACAUACAGUCAAUGAAGGAAUAAGACAAGCAUUUGAGAUGCCGAAGCUGAACAUGUUUUUGGGCCGCUGUCGCAAGAUGGUCGAGUACUUCCAGCAGUCCGUGGUAGCUAUGUACCUGCUGCGAGAGAAGCAGAAGCAACAAGCUUUAACUCAGUGUAUGCUCAUCAGUGACAGAGUCACCUCUUGGGUCAGUACCCUGGCUAUGCUUCAACGGCUAAAAGAACAGCAGUUUGUUAUUGCCUCAGUCCUCAUGGAAGACAGUAACAAUCACCAUUUAAUGUUGGAGGCCACGGAGUGGAGUAUAGUAGAGGGCCUGGUUGAUCUGCUGCUGCCUUUCCGAUUGGUUGCCGACAUGAUGACCUCAUGCCGGUACCCUACCAUUAGCAUGGUGAAACCAAUCUUGCACAUGUUGCUCAACACAACUCUUAAAGUGAAAGAAAGUGACCUCAAGGAGGUCGGCAUGGUGAAGGAGGUGAUCGCUAAAGUUCUGUCCACCACCUUUCAACAGACACCCGAGAUCGACAUGUUUCUGAACGUCGCCACAUUUUUAGAUCCCCGGUACAAGAAGCUUCCAUUUCUCUCCCCCUUUGAACGCUCACAAGUGGAAACACGAGUGAUCGAAGAGGGCAAAGUGCUCCUGGAGAAACGUAAGGAGGACUACUCUAAAUCGGAGUCGUCAUUGCAGUUCUCUGAAGAACCGCCGAGCAAGAGGCAGGUUAUGGAAACCACACCUUCCACCAGCAAUGCCAGCAACCUUUUGGCCAUCAUCUUCUGCCAGCCGGGGAGCGAUGAGAAUCAGGAAGAGCAGCAUGCCCAGGUCUUGGAGGAGCUAAGCAAUUUCAAAUCGCAGAAGGUACUGGGUCUUAACGAGGACCCUCUCCGUUGGUGGUCGGAUCGCUUGGCUCUGUUUCCCACCCUCCCUAAAGUACUUCAGAAGUACUGGUGCAUCUCUGCCACCAGUGUCCUGCCACACAGGCUCUUUAGCUCGUCAGGCAGUGUUCUCGAUGGGAAGCGGAACCGGCUGGCCCCAGCCCAUGUUGACCAGCAGGUCUUCUUGUACGAGAACAUGCGAAACUGCUUUGAAGCUGAGCCAACAGAGGAGGAUGAGGGAGAAUGGGGCGUAGAACAGGACCUGGUGCCUGGGGUAGGUGAUGCGCUAUCUGUGUAGGCUAAAGGCAUGGUUGCUGUAAGGAUGUCUUCAUAUGGCCAGUCACCAAAAGGGGGGUUGUCCAAUUAGACCUGUACAAUUUACAUAUGACAGUCAUGUCUUGGGUCCACAUUCAGGCUAUGCUUCAAUGCCUGAAGGAACAGCAGUUCAUUUAUGGGUUCUUUUCAUUUGCAUUUUUUUAACAAGAUUGCUUACGCUUUGAUACCAAAUAUACCUACAUUAAAAGGCAUCUGCAUUUUAAAAAAAUGAACAUCUGCCAUUGCUCUGAUUAUAGUUCCCUAGUAGAGCAAUUUUAUUAUUGCUGAGCACAAGUGGUCUAAUUUUCCUCGCUCUUGUAAUAAAAAAUGCACAAAAGUUUCAAACAAUUUAAUCCGUUUGCCACAUAGGAACAAAUGUUUUAUUCUGAAUUCAAAUGUAGGUCAAUAUUUAGCAGCUCAACUUGAGUAUUAGUUGUCUUAGAAGGUUUAAUCGCUUGAAAUAUUGACAUUCAUUAUUUGUUUUGUUAUGCAUCAUGGCCCAUGGUGAAUAUAGAUGUGGUUGUAAGUGUCAUGGAUCAGGUUUUCCUACGUACAUUUAUUCUUACGUAGUUGCUGACUUGUGUAAAUCCUGUGAAAUGUUUGAUAUGAAUAUUUCGUAACUGUUUUUCCCAAUAAUUCCUCAUGUAUGUAAAUACAAUGUGCGUUUUAUUACUGAUUUGUUUUAUUUUGGUUCAGCCCAACGAUAUGUAAAUACACUUGGUCAUAGCGUACAUUUUCAACAAUGGCUAGCUAUUUUACCGUUAUUUACCUUUGGUUUCUUUUAGGUUGCCAUAGUUACCUUAUUGGUAGGAUAUAAAUAAAUGUUUUAAACAUUUAACUUUAUGUAGUGUCGCUGUCAUUUCAGCAGCUGAUUAUGCUUUAGUGUACAUAAACCAUAAGGUUAAUGCGUAAAUUAUAGCCUGAGAUCAGGCUGACGUGCCUUGAAUGUUACAUUUUAAUCCGAAUUGAAGUUGCUUCUUAAGGGAAAACUCACUGUGAAUUUGCCCCAGUAUUAGCUAGUUUUGAAAAAUGUAAUUUAAUUGUCUUAUAAGCAAAUGCAGAUCUCAACCAUUAUCGUUAUAAUGAACCAUUAUUUAUAAUCAGACAGCAUUCGAUUGGAGGAGUGGGGUUGAGUUGCACUUUGAAAUAUCUUGCCAUAUGAAGUGCUCCUAGUUAGAUUUUACCCUUUAUGAAAGGACAGCUCUGCUAUUAACAGCUGUUUCUGAGACUUGCUGCUUGUUUUGUGACCCAUAAUCGUCAGUCACUUUUAAGUGCUGGUUUCUUGCACAGAAGUCUGGGUACGUGAUGUGUGUUGAAACCUGCUCAUACCGAAUCACCACAUAAUGUAGCUUAGCUAAAUCAUCCCCUGUGAUUAAACGGUCUUUGAAGGUACAGCAGCACCUGCAUCUAUAGAAGAUAAUAUUUAAUGCCAGUGGUCUGGAAUUAUGUCAUUCAGCAUAUUAUACUUUUGUUUUGCCUUUUUCUUAUAUGACAAAUGCUUUUUUAUGGGUCAGUGUCUUUUACUGCUGUUUUGCAUAUGAAUACUUUUAGGCACAUUUUAAUUCCCUUUGCGUUCUGUAUCAGACAGUUCACUGUUAGAUGAGACCCCUUCUUACAUGCCUUAAAAUAAUCAGAAUAGGCUGUAGGCUUGAAAAGUACUUAAGACUGUAUGUGAAUGUUUUUGCACCAUAUUAAAAUUAGCCUCAAAACUUGGAUUUAAUGCUAUAUUACUACUAAACCUGUUAAUUUAUGAAGUUAUUGACUUGUAAUGUUUUUAGCCAUUGUGUUUGUCAUUUAACAAACAAGCAUGUUAGGUUAUAACCUAUUUCACUCCUGUUUUAUUUAAUGAUUUCAUGUCAUGUCUCUAAUUUUUCUUGCAUUUCUUGCUUUUCCUCCUUAAACCUAGGAAGUGAUAUCCAGUAUUGGUACUGCUUUUGCACUGAUUUUCCUUAAGUUCGGUUCAGUUGAGGACAUGUUGGAUUUAGUUCAGCUGUAUUAAUCAGAUUUCUCAGCCAGGACUGUGUCCUCUUAGUGAGCUUUUCAUUAUAUCACUCUAAAUCCAUAUAAUCUCUGUGUGUAUUUUACAUGUAAAAAUGUUGCCCCAGUGCCAGGCAAAAAGAAGGUUAUAUGUCUUUGUUUUGUUGAUGUUCUGUUUACCUGAAACAGAAAUAAAAUCAAAAUGAAACUCUGCUUCAUUAUAAA